GUUUUUUCUCCUCCGAGUACUGAGUAUUGUAAUGGUCUUGGGGGGGCGGUAUUAUGAUACCGCUCAGCAAGCUACAUGUACCGUAGAAGGUUGCCAUCCACCUUCUUUGCAGCGAAUUUCAUCUAAGCCCAUACUGAAAGUGUACCAGUAACCAGCAAAUAAUCCAAGUAACCUUCAUAUCCUUGGUUUUAUUCCAAACUCCCAAACACACACAAACCUAGCUAGUCUACUGUGGUGAAUCAGCACAACUGUGCCUAGUAGAGGCCUUGUCUGCUUCCAUUCCAGGUUAUGCAUAGUAUUAAUACCUGGUUCCCCAUCCAGUUUUCCCAUAAAGAUACAGUAGUACUCAGUACUGAGUACGAGUGCGCACGCUCGACCUUAGUGGGCCGUUCCCUGCAUGUCUCGGUGAGACUACAUGGGUACCGAGUACCGGUAGCCUUCUCAAAGCUCCGAGGUGAAGCAAGAGCUACAGUGUAGCAAGUUGCGACCACUUCGCAUGCAGCUGCAGCGAGCGCCUCAGAGGGAUUUCUGGGAUUGAAAGCCCCAUUAUCUUUCGCCCCCUCGAGCUCAAUCUAACUAUUACGACUCCGGAGUAGCUAGUAACCGCAUUCACCGGUUGCUCGGAUCCCUGUUAUUUCAACCUGCUGCCUGCCACCCAGCACCCUGCCACCUUACCCCAACUUGGAUUGUUCGAGCUUCAUUCAGUGCUGCCGCAUAUUCCUCUUUCCUCCUCUCUUCUUCUCUCUUCUCCUCUCUUCUCAUUCGAUUGCUGCCGACUCGACUCGACCGACGAUAGCAGAGAAUGGUGUUGACGACGAGUGGUUUCCCAAGCAUCAUUGGAGCGAGAGGUUUCGAUGCAAGAACGGCAAGAAAUGCCACGCUACUCUUUGGCGGAGCCUUGCUGUUGGAAGGAGCGUUCCAGUAUGCCAUGAGAGCAAAGCUUUCCUUCUUGCAAUCCAAGAAUCCGCUAGAAGAGUCUCUCAAGGUAGCCAAUGUCCAAUCCUUGUCCAAGCGACAAGAGCUUUGGGAACGCACGAUGCAAGCCGUGUCCACGAAUUCUUCUGUUGUUGGAUAUUUUGAGGACUGGUUCUUUGGAAGAAGCUACGAAGAACUCUCACCAGAUGACCUGCAGAGAUUCAUUGUCUGGUGUUUUUUCGAUGGGAGAAAGUUCCAUCAGCUCGUAGAAGAAGAGGAGGAACAGCUUGAUACAUUUUUGGUGGAUGCCCUUGACAGAGCAGAUCGAGAGCUGAGAGUCAAGGCGACCAUGAAGACAAUUGCUGACCAAAACUACUCCCUGCGGAGAGCGUCGUCGUCAAGUAAGACUAACAGUCAACCACUGGUGGAACAACAAAGGAUCAGCAACAACCAGGAGAGCGAAUUUCGUGUUGGUCGAAAACAAAAGCGCGUGGUCCUAUUUAACAAAGCUCAUUUGGAACAUAACCACCGGCAAAAACGCAGAUCAAGUUCAACGUCGUCUACGUCGGGUCUUUCGGAUGAUGCUUCCAUUUCUUGUCACCUGCUGUCUGAGGAACAUGAUCAAGACCUUGAAAGUGCCAAUCUCUCGGUUGAGCCUCGUCUCACACCGGGGCCAAAAGGCAGGCCGGCAGAACAUCCAAAGCCACAAAAAAGACCAAGAAAAGUUCGAUUCAGCCCUAUGCCAUCAAGAGAUACUCUAAGAGCCAGCAUGGUGAGGACAAGCGGUACACUCAGGCGCAGCAUUGUGCGGACAAGAGAUACCCUCAGAGCCAGUGUCUUGCAGACUCGAGACACCCUCAAGGCUGGAGUUUUGCAUACGAGGGACACACUCCGAGCCAGUGUUGCACGUACUGUAAAUCUGGUCUUUCAGCCCUUUGGGCGUCCCACAGCGGAUCCUCUGCUUGGCAUUCACAUUGCUCCACUCUAUGUGCAUAUUCCAGCUGUGCUAACCACAGAAAUUGGUACUCCUCUUAUUCUGUGGUCUCUUGGUUUCAGGAAGCAUCGAGUUGGUCAAAUGACAUAUUAUUAUCGGCAGGGUACAGGGAAGACCAAUGAAACUACUCCCUUGGUCUUCAUUCAUGGGAUUGGAAUAGGGCCAAUUGCCUAUCUGCCGCUGUUGCUUCAGGUUUUGAAGUCAGACAACAGCAGACCCUUGCUUCUUCCUGAGAUUUCAUCAGUCACUGCCUUUAGACCCUGGGUCAUGCCCAAAGACUGCCUUUCCUCUAACGAGGUGGCAGCUAACAUGUCCACCAUGCUGCAUAACCAUGGGUUUUCAAAGGCAACAUUUGCUGGACACAGUUUUGGUACAUUCUGGAUGAGCUACACUGUAAAGUAUGCGCCUCAUUUGGUGGCUGGGUUGGUGUUUCUUGACCCAGUUUGCUUUUGUCUCUAUGACAGCCUCUUGACCAAAAGAACCGUGUACAAUCCACCAGAUACUUCAGAUGUUGCUUCCCUGGUGAAGACAGACAUGAUGGUGAAUUGGUCUAUUCAGCGCAACUUCAGUUGGGUUGAGGCAAACCUUUUCGUUGAGGACAUUCCAGAGAGCAUAUCUGUGGCCUUCUUUUUGAGUGGGGAUGACACUGUUGCUCCAUCCAAGGUUCAAGAGGCGUACUUAAGAGGGCAAAGAGAUUGUGAAGUCUAUGAUCUAGAUGAGACAGCCAACGCAAACGUUUUCAAGAGGAGGUUCACUGUCGUGUCAUUUCGAGGUUAUGAUCAUGGCCUGUGGCUACUGAAUCCCCUCAAAACCAUUCCUCCAGUUGUGGAAGCCAUGGAACGGUUCUCGUAGGAUGUCCACGACUUUGACCGACAUGUCCGCGCCGGUAGGUUCAGAAUCAAUGAACGAAACAGACAUAUGCAUGGCUUUGUGGCACGACUUUGGCGGAAAUGUUUCAUUUCCCUGGUCACGCCAAAACUAAAGAAUCGAGGUCUGCAUUAUGAGAAGCAACAAUCAACGAAGGAACUCAGCUGCCUUGGGCGGAUGCUACUGAUGCACUGGGGUUGAAGAAGAGAAUCGAAUAGACUGCAUGGGCGCAGCGACGUUGUGAGAGAAGGAUCAGUGUUGGUGUCGUGGCAUGGCCGUUCGGGAUGAGUGAUACAUACACUAAUUCCCAUGGGCCAUGCCAGAACUAAAGAAUCGACCCAACCAGGCUUUUUCUCCACGAUGCAUGCUAGGUACCAUGACUGCUAGCUAGCUAGACUAUAAACAAUGAGGAACUCAAGCAGAGGCGAGAUGCGGAUACUGAACGCCAUCCGUCUAUAGCUGCUCGAAUGUAAUCGACCUGGUGCCGAGUUUCGGAUGUCUUAUCCUGCCUUGCUCGAUGAAUGUAGGAGCGUUGGAC